UCUACUUUUAUUCUAUUAGAGUACCCUGGCAGUUCCUCUGGUAAAAUGGACAAGUUUUUGACCUCAUCCCAAAAAGAUCAUGAUACCUCUCCAACAUCAUCAAAUGAACCAUCUUGUUCAAAAUCUGAACCGGAGCCUAAGCGCAAAAAGUGUAUUUCCGCAGUGUGGACACAUUUUGACAAAUUGCAAACCAAACAACUUGCAAAAUGUCAUUAUUGUGGCAAAGAAUAUAAGACAAGCGGAAACACGUCCAACUUGUUAGAGCACUUAAAACGGGCCCACCCUCUUGCCCAGCAAGUUAAUAACGAAACUACGUCUUCUCAGUUAGAGCGAUAUUUUACACGGACAGACGUUUACGGUCCAACAUCUUCCAAAAAGGAAGCAAUUGACAAAGCCAUUGCUGCAAUGGUCGCAACGGAUUUGCAACCAUUUAGCGUUGUCGAAGAUAUUGGACUUAGAAACUUGAUGAGGGUGGUGGACCCUAGAUACGUCAUGCCCUGUCGAAAAACUCUGCGGGACACGCAUAUUAAAAAUAUGAACGAGAGUAUGACGGAGAAAUUGAAGGGCAUUCUUGACUCCGUUGACUCGUGCGCUAUCACAACAGAUGCAUGGACAUCUCGUGCAAAUGUUAGUUAUCUAACUGUAACGUGUCACUUUAUUUUAAAUUUCGAGCUUAAGACGGCAGUGCUAUCUACAAAGCCACUAAUGGAUGAGACAAACCAUUCAAGUCUAAAUAUUGCCAACACAUUGCGUGAAAUAUGCGAUGAGUGGAAAGUGUUCGACAAACUGCACACCAUUGUGACCGACAACGCAGCAUCUAUGAUUAAAGCGUGCGAAUUAUUGAAAAAGAAACACUUACCGUGUUUUGCGCACACUCUUAAUCUUGUUGUGCAAGAUGCUUUAAAUCUGGAAAAUGUGCAAAACGUUUUAAAAAUCACAAAAAGAAUAGUGUCCUAUUUUAAGAGUAGCGCUAUUGCUUAUGCAAAGUUCAAAGAUGCCCAAGGCACCGAAAAUCCUUGCUCUCUAUUGCAAGAGGUCCCUACUCGCUGGAACAGCGCAUUACAAAUGAUUCAGAGAGUGUUGCGGACAAGAGAGCCCCUAACUGGCACCCUUUUAAGAUGCCAUAAUGCUCCGAUUCCACUGUCAGAGGAUCAAUUUCGGAUUUUGAAGGACUUGUGCUCGCUUUUGGAACCGUUCGAAAAAGCCACAAAACAUGCGUCUGCUGCAAAGGGCGUUACAAUUUCAUUAAUUGCUCCUGCAAUUUUCGCCUUAUCGCAAAGUUUGGAAGAGCUCCAUGAGCAGAUGUUAACACCUGCAGGGAGAGAAACUUGCGAGUUUUUACAGAGCAACGUAAAAAAAAGGCUCUUCUCAUAUGAGAAUAGAUCAGCACUACGCCUUGGAACUCUUCUUGACCCACGCUUCAAAAAGGAGGGUUUCCAAAAUCCGUCAAAUGCCCAGCAGGCCAUGUUGAUGUUGGAGGGAGAGGUUCAUAAUAUAAUACAGGACGUGAGAUCUAAAAAUUCCACAGAGGAACUGCCAAGGAAUGAGGAGACUCCAUUUUUAUUUAAAUGCAUGGCAGGAAAAAUAAAAGAAAAAAACAAAAGUUCACGGGCGGACUCAAUUAUUACCAUUCGCCAAUAUAUGGAGCAGCGCAAUGCUCUUCAUGACAGCGAUCCGCUCCAAUAUUGGCAGAUUAACAAGGAACAUUUAUUUGCACUUGGACAAUGCGCAAUAAAAUUCUUGUGUAUACCAGCAAGUUCAGCUGAAUCAGAGCGCACAUUUAGUAAAACAGGAGCUAUUGUGACGGAACGGAGAGCAUGUUUAAAACCUAAACAAGUGAACACAUUGGUUUUUAUUAACAAAAAUCAAUGGCUACUUUAAAAUAACUGUGAUAUUGGAACGAAUUGUUUUUUUUUUUUUAAUAAGAACCUCUCAUUAGCAUUAAGUUUGGAAAUCACCUUUUGUUUUGUAGUAUUUAAGAGUAGCAGCUAUCCGCUGCAUAGUACAAUAAGGACCUCUCAUUAGCAUUAAGUUCGGAAAUCGCCUUUUGUUUUGUAGUAUUUAAGAGUAGCAGCUAUCCGCUGCAUAGUACAAUAAGGACCUCUCAUUAGCAUUAAGUUUGGAAAUCGCCUUUUGUUUUGUUUUUGCUUAGAGAGAUUUUUGUUUUCGUUUUUUGGACUUAGGACGAGAAGUCACCCUUUUUUUUAUCUUCAAGUUUAACUUGAAACUAUAAAUUUUGUUUUUAUAUUAAAGAACAUUCACAAAUUACAAGCUAAAAUCAUUUUAAUAUAUUUUCGAUGGAAUUAAUUUAUAAAGGGCUAACUUAUAGUAGUUAAAUUAUACGCUAGAUAAUUCGUAUCGAUGAUUAUAGACAA